AUGGACGUGCAGAUCAACAAACGGCCCAGAAGGGAAAUUUGGAUCGGUCGCCUCUACCGUCUUGCCACCACCCACCACCCUGUAUAUACCCUCAAAAUACCCAAAAAGAUGGACUUGCAGACGCUGUCGAACUUGUUCGCGACUACGCUGAAUCCGAACCCUAAUGUCCGCAAGGCUGGCGAGCUGGACAUCCGCAAAAUCAGCGGGCAGGAAGGGUUCGUGUCUGCGCUGCUGCAGAUCGUCGCGUCGGACGGCGUGGACCCAUCCAUCCGCCAGGCGUGCGCUGUCUAUCUGAAGAACCGCGUGCAGUCGUCGUACGCCAUUGUCGGCGACACGGCCCGGCCCGACCAGCGGCCCAUUCACGCCUCAGAUCGCGCCGCGCUCAAGGCCGCCCUUCCCCAGCUUCUCUCUUCCUCGUCUUCCCGCAACUUGACCGUCCAGCUCGGUGCCACGCUCAAGGCAGUCAUCAGCGAUGAUUUCCCCGAGAAAUGGCCAGAACUUGUGCCCAUGUCCAAGCAGCUUCUCGCUAGCAGCAAUAUUCACGAGGUUGUCGCCGGCAGCAUCAUCGUCCUCGAGAUGGUUCGCGCGUUCCGUUUCAGGCAAGCUGAGCAGAAGAUUCUGCCCAACAUCGCGGCCGAGAUGUUCCCCAUCCUGGUCUCGCUCGCGCAGCGUCUGCUUUCCUCGCCGCCUGCGGGCGCAGAGAACGAGAUCCCGCUGAUCCUGCACAACAUUCUCAAGACUUACCGCGCGUCCAUUACGCUCCACCUUUCGCCGCAUCAACAGAGCCCUGAGAGCUUGAAGCCCUGGGGAACGCUCCUGUUCCAGGUCGUCAAUCUUCAGAUCCCCGCGGGCGCUGUUCCCGAGGCGGAAGAUGAGCGUGAGCGCAGCGAGUGGUGGAAGGCAAAGAAGUGGGCCUACAACACCCUCGGCCGUCUCUUCCACAGGUUCGGCAAUCCCUCGCAGCUACCCAGCACGCUCAAGGCCGACUACGGCGCUUUCGCGCAGCACUUCGUCACGCACUUUGCGCCGGAGAUUUUCAAUGUGUACUUGCAGCAGGUCGAGCUCUACGUCAGCGGACAGUCCUGGAUCUCGAACAAGUGCCAGUACCACAUCUUCCAGUUCUUUGCCGAGUGCGUGAAGCCCAAGUCUACCUGGACGCUGAUCAAGCCGCACUUCGAGACCCUCGUCUCGCGCUUUGCGUUCCCGCAUCUAUCCUUCACCGAGCACAAGCAGAGCAUCUGGGAUCUCGAUCCCGUCGACUUCAUCCGCACCUCGACUGAUGCCUGGGAAGCUUACUCGUCCCCUGUCGCUGCUGCAACGGCGUUUGUUUUGCAGCUUGUCCAGAGCCGCUCCAAGACGGCCUUCUUGCCGAUCCUUAACUUCGUCAACCAGGUCUUGUCCGGGAACGCGACGCCGCAACAACGUUUUGGUGCUCUCAACAUGAUCUCCAUCCUCGCACCCGUCAUCCUCCGUCACCCGGAGAUCAAGGGCAGUAUGGAGACGGUCAUCGUCCAGAAGGUCCUCCCCGAGUUCAAUUCGCCCGAAGGCUACAUGCGCUACAUCGCUGCCGAAGUCGUUGGCGUGGCCGAGGUGAACAACAUCAAGUGGACGAACGAGGCGCAUCUCCGCGCAGUCUUCGAGGCAUGCGGCGGCGCCAUGCAAGAUACCGAGCUCCCUGUACGUGUACAGGGUGCGUUGGCGCUGACGGAGAUGAUCGCUGCGCACGAGAGUGUCAAGGUCACUGUGCAGCCACAGGUCGAGAAGAUUAUCCUGGACUUGCUCAAGCUCAGCGACGAGACGGAUCUGGACCUCCUGAACAACAGCAUGGAGAACAUGGUCGAAGUGUUCCAGGCUGAGCUCAUGCCCGUCGCUGUCGCGCUUGCCAGCCGUCUUUGCGAGUCUUACGUGCGACUCGCGAGGGAGAGCGUGACCCAGGAGGAGACAGUACCAAACCCUGAUGCGGCGGACUUCGGGAUCAGCGAGGACGAGGAUAAGACGUAUGCUGCCAUGGGCGUGGCCAAGACUAUUGGAACCAUCGUUUCAGUUGUCGAUUCCAAGCCGGAGUUGCUGGCGCAAGUGCAGGAGGUCGUUAUUCCCAUCAUCGUGUUCACCUUGGAGAACCGCCUCAUCGACCUGUUCGACAACGUCUACGACCUCGUUGACAGCCUGACCUUCAAGUCCAAGUCUAUCUCGCCCUCAAUGUGGCCCGUCCUUGAGCUCACCUACAACCUCUUUAAAACCGACGCCGUCGACUUCCUCGACGAGAUGCUCCCCGCGCUCGACAACUUCAUCUCCUUCGGGUCAGAUGUAUUCAAAGCGCGCGCCGACUACCGCCACAUGAUGCUCGACAUCUACCAGACCUCCCUCACUUCCGAGCAGCUCGGCGAGAACGACCGGAUCAACGGGUGCAAGAUCGCCGAGUCGCUCUUCCUCAACCUCCGCGGUCAUGUUGAUGACAUCCUCGCGCCUAUUGUCAACACUACGGCCGAGAACAUCGAGAAGGCGCAGACGGGCGCGCUCAGGCUGCACAUGCUUGAGGUGCUCAUCAACGCCGUGCUCUAUGCUCCCGCGCAGACGCUCCAGCUGCUCGAGCAGCGUGCGCCUGGAGGCGCAUCGGCGUUCAUCCAGCGCUGGUUCGGGCUUAUCGGAGGCGAGAAGGACCGCUUGCCGCGUGUGCACGACAAGAAGCUGUCCCUCGCAGCGCUUUGCGCGUUGAUGGAGCUCGAGCCCUCGCAAGCGCCCGACGGGCUGCAGGGUAUCGUCGCGGCUGCUCUGCGCGUAUUCCGCGGCUUACCGGCGGCGCUCGCGCGCCGUAAAGCGGCGCAGGACGCGUUGAACGAGUACAGUGAGGAUGACGAGGACGAGCAGGAUAUGGUCUUCGGCGAUGCGGGCGAGGAAGACGGUGAUGUGUGGGACGAAGACUCCGCAUAUGUCGAGAUGCUCGCACAAGAGGGACAGCGUUUGCGCGCACAGGCCGCUGCGAAGGGAAGCGGCUCCCUGAGCGAUGCGGAGGAUGACUCGGACGGUGACGACGAGCUCGAGGAGGAGCUCGGGUAUAUCAGCCCCCUUGAGGGAUUGGAUGUGCAUGUUAGGUUUAGGGAGGCGUUGGAGAGGAUGCAGGGGAAGAACUCAGGGCUUUAUGCGGUUGCUACCACGGGUUUGAGCGUGGAUGAGCAGGCGUAUCUGAUGGAGAUCAUGCGUGAGGCGCAGAGCAGGUCUGCGUAG